AUGGACACAGAUCCAGUCAGUAAGAGAGCGAAGUCGUGCAACGGCAAUACAGCAAGUCCCAGAACGCUGUGGCAACUACAAGAGAUGAUUGACAAGGAGGGAAUAGUUGCAAGGCAGAAGAUUUCGAUAUAUGUUGAGAUGCUAGGAUACAUGAAGAUGAAUGAAGAGCUGGAGAGUAAAAACGAAGAACUAAUUGAGGAGAAUGCCAAUUUGAUAAUGCAGCUAGAGAAUCACAAAGAGAAUGCAGAAAACGCUUGCAAUAAUGAAGAGAAACAGAGUGUAGAUGGAGUGUCGAAGAUUAUGAUGCUGAACAAUGAGAUCAGAAGACUUGAAUCUGUUGUAUGUGAGAUGGAAAAAAGACUUAUUAAAAAGGACAUUGAUGAAUGCGCACAUGCAUCACAUGAAGAGUCGAAGGAUACCGGCAGCAUACAUACGAAACAACCUGAAGAGUUUCUGGUGUCUAUUGCAACUGAAGACAUGUACAGGUGCAUUGUAAGUGAAUGUUCUGAACUCAAAUCGAAAUUGGUGGAUGUUGAAGCCAGAUACAAAGAAGAGAUAUAUGAUAAGGAACUAGUGAUAAGCAAACUAUCUGUAGAGUUUAGUAAUCUGAGUAUAUCACAAAAGGAAACAGAGAGGAAAUGUGCAACUGUGUGUGCAGAGAAUGAGAAGAACAAGGGAAUAAUUAAUGCGAGUAUAAGCAGUAUAAGAAGAUUGAUAGAUGAAGCUGCGAUUUUAAAUGUAGAUAUAGAAAAAAUAGAAAGAGACGUGCUUUCAAUUAUUUGUGAGGUUGAGAAGAAUAGAAGUAAAAUGCAGGAUCUACUAGUAGAAAAAACAGCAUUUAAAGCAUUAGCUGAAGGGUAUGAACAAAAGCAAGAAAAAAUAAGAAUUAUUAAUGCAAAUGGAGAGAAUGCACUAGAAGACGAGAUUAUAAAUCUACUUGAAAGUCUAGACAAAGGUUUGGAAAGAAAUAAGGAACUGGCUAAGAAAGUUGAACAAAACCAUCAACGUUGCAGAGGAUUGGAGAAUGAGAUUGGCGUGCUUAAAAUUACAAAUUCGGACCUUGCUGCACACAAUGCCAAACUCGAGAUUGGCAUGAACUUUCAGAAAAUAAAUGUAAAAGCUUCUAGAGUAGACAAUGACGAAGCAAUUACCAAAACCAAGAAAUUACAAGAUUGCAUUGAAGAGCUGAAUCGUACUAUUGAUGAAUAUAAAAGAAGAUUGCAUGGAUUGUCUGUAGAAAAGAAUGAGAUAGAGAGGGUUCUUGAAUGUGUAAAGAAGCAGUCUAGAGAGCUACGGAAUGAAGUUGUCAGGUUAACUAAAGCAAAUAGCGAAUCUGAAUGCGAAACCAAAAAGCUUCAUGGAGUGCUUAAGUCAUUAAGAUCUGGAGGUGAUGAUGUGGACUUGCUUACACAGAUGGAAAGAUACAGAGGUCUUCUUCGAUGCACGCUCUGUGAUUCUCGGUUUAAAAACACUGCAAUAAUUAAAUGCAUGCAUUGUUUUUGCGAGGAGUGCAUAAACUCAAGAAUCAAGAUGAGAGAUAGAAAGUGUCCAUCAUGCAAUGAACCUUUUAAUACAAGCGAUGUCAGAAAGAUAUACCUGUGA